AUGGAUUCCUCCAAAGACCUACAAUUUCCUCCCACAAGCGAAGUGCCUCUCCACCGAAAUGCGCCGCUCGCGCCCACACAAGAGCUAGCAUAUCGCAAGAAAUGCAUUGAUCUUCGAAAACGGCUCGCCGAGAUCGAGACAAACAACGACGCGACCCGCAAGCGAAUCAUCCAAGAGACCGAACAUCUGCAAAAGAUGCGGUUAUUACGAGCCGUGCUACUCAAUCAAGUGAAAGAAAUCAUGAGCACUCCGGCCAAACAGCUGAGCGCUGAACAACUCGAAAGAGUGCGGGCGCUGACCAAUGGGUUGGACAAUACUCUGCCCGAAUACCUUCCGCCCAUGGCGUCGCAGGAGAACCAACAACAACAGGCACCCGCGGCCAGGGCAGCAGCAGACGGAGAAGGACUAUUAGAUGACAGCUCGGACGAGAGCAUGGAAGAUGAACCCGAGCCCGUAGAGCGACCCGAAAGACGCAGAAGGACCAACAACACAUACCGCGAAAGUAUCAUGAAUACAAACCCUCCCGGCGAGCCCCCCUCGGCACUGUAUCAACAACAAUCGACUCUAUCAAAUCUUGCCCCGGUGAAUGUGAAUGCUUUUUCGCCUGCUCCUCCUCCCGCCAUCGACCCCGCCGCAAUGACUUCGACGUUCCGCAUUUCAUCUUCUACACCACAAGCAGGGACAACUACUUCGACACCAGGACCCCAACAACCACUUGCUCCAGAAACCCGGUUCGGGCAAUCAUCCCCUCCGAUCGCAGCAGUCAAUCAAUCAUUCCAAGGAUUGACUCAACCGCGAGCACCUAGCUUUUCAUCUUCGGAUGCCAAUGUUGCUAAUGGCGUUGGCCGUACUUCAUCGCUUAUGGUUCCCCAAAAGCCCGAACGGCCAGAGACCCCCUUCAACCAAUUCACCAGUCAUAUGAGACCGCAAUUGGAAGCCGACAAUUAUCCCGAACACAUGAUCGAUCAACGAAUUAGGCUGGAGUGGGAGAACCUGAGCCCGGAAAACAGGAAAUUGUGGGACGAUCGCUACGAAGACCAGAUGAGGGAAUAUCAGGCCGCAAUGGACAACUGGAAGAGAGCCACGCGGCGGGAAGCGUCGGGCAGCGGCGCAGGUGGUGGUGGAGGUGGAUUCUCAGCCAUCAACUCUUAG